AUGGCUAGGAGCAAGAGAAAAGCAUCAUACCGCCGCCUCAUUCUUGACAACACCGAGGACAUCGACGAUUUUGAAUCCAUGGAAAAAGAGACCACGACACCACUUGCAACCAAAAAUACCGCCGGUUGUUCCAAAGCCGAGAGUGUUCUUGGGCUCCCCAUAUCCAAAGGUAAGCUCACUAAUGAGGAUAAUGUUGUUGAUGAUCUUGUGAACAUGGGAUUUGAUGUUGAGAUGUUGGAGGGAGUAGAGGGUAAUCAAGAGAUAGCAACAAGUGAAGGCAAAAAAGACACCCACAAGAAAGCCGAGGAGGACACUCUCAAGGUCAAUGCCCACGAGAAAAAGAAGGCAAAGACCACCAAAGAAGAUGAGAAAAAUGAACACAUGUGUCAAGGGAGCAACUCAAAACAAGAUAGCACCAAGGAGGAGAACAAAGAGGAAAACCCUUGCCCGAUGGAGAUUGCUAGCUCCUCAAACACCGGGCCAACCAAUCCCGGAGGAGACAAACCGGAGGUGACCCCGGAUGAUGAUGGUUUCUCAGAAAUUUAA